AUAUACCACUAAUCUCAUGCAAAGAGGAUGUGGCGAAUUAAAAUAGCUGAGGGAGGAAAUAACCCUUAUAUUUAUAGCACAAACAAUUUUCAGGGAAGGCAAAUUUGGGUAUUUGAUCCUAAUGCUGGUACUCCUGAAGAACAAGCCGAGGUUGAAGAAGCUCGUCAAAACUUCUGGAAAAAUCGAUUUCAGGUCAAGCCUAACUCUGAUCUCCUUUGGCAACUCCAGUUUCUAAGGGAGAAAAAUUUUAAGCAAAAAAUUCCAAAAGUAAAGGUUGAAGAUGGCGAGGAAAUCACAAGUGAAAUAGCUGCAGCCGCUUUGAGGAGAAGCGUCCACUUGUUUUCGGCCUUGCAGGCAAGCGAUGGCCAUUGGUGUGCAGAAAAUGGAGGCCUGCUGUUCUUUUUGCCUCCCUUGGUUUUUGCUGUCUACAUUACAGGACACCUUAAUACUGUAUUUUCUCCAGAGCAUCGCAAAGAAAUCCUCCGUUACAUAUACUGUCAUCAGAAUGAGGAUGGUGGAUGGGGAAUACACAUUGAAGGUCACAGCACUAUGUUUUGCACAGUUCUUAAUUAUAUAUGUAUGCGUAUACUUGGUGAAGCACGUGAUGGUGGAAUAGAAAAUGCUUGUGAAAGAGGGCGAAAAUGGAUACUCGAUCAUGGUGGUGCAACUGGUAUAUCUUCUUGGGGAAAGACAUGGCUUUCGAUACUUGGUGUGUACGAGUGGGAUGGGACCAAUCCCAUGCCCCCAGAGUUUUGGGCCUUUCCAUCUUCUUUUCCCUUACACCCAGCAAAAAUGUUUUGUUACUGUCGGAUCACUUACAUGCCAAUGUCGUACUUGUACGGGAAGAGGUUUGUUGGUCCAAUCACACCACUCAUUCUACAAAUAAGAGAAGAAAUCUAUAAUGAACCUUACAACAAAAUCAAGUGGAAUAGUGUGCGUCAUUUAUGUGCAAAGGAAGACAACUAUUUUCCACAUCCAACGAUACAGAAACUGUUAUGGGAUGCUCUGUAUACAUUUAGCGAGCCUCUAUUCUCUCGUUGGCCCUUCAACAAAUUGAGAGAGAAGGUUCUCAAGAUAACAAUGGAUCACAUUCAUUAUGAAGAUCACAACAGUCGGUACAUCACUAUUGGAUGCGUUGAGAAGCCGUUAUGCAUGCUUGCCUGUUGGAUUGAAGAUCCUCAUGGGGAAGCGUUUAAGAAGCACCUUGCCAGAAUUGCAGAUUACAUAUGGGUUGGAGAAGAUGGAAUAAAGAUGCAGAGUUUCGGAAGUCAAACAUGGGACACAAGUCUAGCUCUUCAGGCCCUGAUAGCUAGCGACCUCUCUCAUGAAAUAGGACCUACACUAAAACAAGGACACGUCUUCACGAAGAAUUCUCAGGCAACUGAGAACCCUUCGGGCGACUUCAGAAAAAUGUUUCGUCAUAUCUCCAAAGGAGCUUGGACAUUCUCUGAUAAAGAUCAAGGAUGGCAAGUUUCUGAUUGUACAGCAGAAAGCUUGAAGUGCUGCCUACUUUUCUCAAUGAUGCCUCCCGAAAUUGUUGGUGAGAAAAUGGAACCUGAAAAGGUCUAUGAUUCAGUCAAUGUCAUACUUUCUCUUCAGAGCCAAAAUGGUGGUUUCACAGCUUGGGAGCCAGCAAGAGCAGGAUCAUGGAUGGAGUGGCUCAACCCUGUAGAGUUCAUGGAGGAUCUUGUCGUUGAGCACGAGUAUGUGGAGUGCACUUCAUCAGCAAUCCAAGCACUAGUUCUUUUUAAAAAAUUAUAUCCCCGACACAGGAACAAAGAGAUUGAAAAUUGUAUCAUAAAUGCUGCGCAGUUCAUUGAAAAUAUACAAGAACCUGAUGGUUCAUGGUAUGGAAAUUGGGGGAUAUGCUUCUCUUAUGGUACCUGGUUUGCACUGAAAGGAUUAGCUGCUGCUGGAAGGACAUAUGAAAAUUGUUCUGCUAUUCGUAAAGGUGUUGAUUUUCUACUAAAAUCACAAAGAGAUGAUGGUGGAUGGGCAGAGAGUUAUCUUUCAUGUCCAAAGAAGGUGUAUGUUCCUUUUGAGGGUAAUCGAUCAAAUCUAGUUCAAACUGCUUGGGCAAUGAUGGGUUUGAUUUAUGGAGGACAGGCCAAAAGAGACCCUAUGCCUCUUCAUCGCGCUGCAAAGUUAUUAAUUAAUUCUCAAACAGAUCUUGGUGAUUUUCCUCAACAGGAACUUACAGGAGCAUUCAUGAGGAAUUGCAUGCUGCACUAUGCACUAUUUAGGAAUACUUUUCCCAUUUGGGCUUUGGCAGAAUAUCGGCGACAUGUCUUAUUCCCUUCUGCUGGAUUUGGUUUUGGAUUCACCAAUAAUUUAUGAGUGAUGAACUCAGUCUAUGUACUUAAUUAAUUUGUUUUAAUUGACUACCAAUAAUCGGUAUUUCUACAA